AUGUCCGUACAAGGAGAGCCACGGUUUAGCUCUCCCCAUGCUUCAAGCAACUAUCCCUAUAUCCCCGAGGAUCCGCAAAUUGGUGGACCCUCAAAUCCUGCGCCGGUGAUUGAUACUACACCAGCUACUUUUGCACCACCACCGCCGCCAACGGGUUUUGAAAACCCAAUCCCUACUUACCCAGCUGCGACUGGGUAUAACCCAUUUGAACCAUCAGCGUCUAUGGGUUACAACUACCGGGAGCCAUCGUACAAUCCAUAUGCUGAAGCGAUCGUGUAUAACGUUUUAUAUCCUUCCCCUUUCCCCCCUGCUUACCCAAUUGGAUAUCAGCUUAUCGGUACCAGUAUCUUGCUCCCCACCACCACAACCACAACCACAACCACAAUUACCACAACAACAACUAGAGGCCUUAACUCAGGCCUUAGAAAGAGUGGACGACAUACAAUGUCGAGUGGAUAG